GAGGGAGUUCACACAACUUUCAUGUGUUCACACAACUUCAUUUCUCAGCUUUUUCUUUGAAUCACACAUUUUUCUUUGUCUUCUUCAAUCACCCUCUUUGUCCUUCGAAAUGCCACAAACAUCUUCAAUCUCAGUCUCACGAAGAUUUUCUAACAAGGAUCAUAGAGUCAAGAGUACAAGUGCAGAACAAGAGCAGCAAAGCGCAGUGCAGAGAAGGAAAGGUGAUGAUGAUUUGCUAGAUGAACUUCAGGAUAAUCGCAUUCACACCGUCGCCAGAAGGAGAGAUGUUUCCCGGUCACGAUCACCGGCAGUGAAUAAGAUGCAUUUUACUAUUACAUUGCUUGCUGUGUUAUGUCCCUUCACUCUCUGGUGGUUCUCUUUUCCAGGCAACCAAUCUGUGGCAUCAUCAAUAGGUUGCUAUGAGUAUUUCCUCAUGACACUACAAUGGCCCCCCACUGUGUGUAUGAGGUCUCUUUGUGUCAGUGAUAUAAAUCAAACGUUUGGUAUACAUGGCUUGUGGCCAACAAACACAAAAUGGCCAUUUCCUCAAUACUGUUCAAAUGGUUCAUAUCAUGAAAUGCCUAAAAAAUUAAAAGUUGAACUUCACGAACGAUGGCCAAACUUGUUAGAAUGGAAUACGGAUGAAGGUUUUUGGAAAGAUGAGUGGGACAAACAUGGAACUUGUUCCCUUGAUAAAUUUAACCAAACUGAGUACUUCAAAUUGGCAUUGAGUAAAACAAAGAAGUUGGAUUUGCUAAAUCUUCUCAAAAAAGGUGAUAUCAUGCCUAUUCAUUAUAAAAGCUAUAACAUAGUGGAUAUUGUCAAAGCAGUCAGAGAUGGUAUCAAUAAUAAGGAGCCUGGAAUCCUAUGUUAUAAUAAAACUAAAACGUCUCAUUUUCUUCAAGAAAUUAGGGUAUGUUUGGAGGCUAAUGGACAUUCUUACAAAGAUUGUCCCGAAUCAAUUCGGGCACGCAAUUGCAGCAAAGGUAUCAAUAUUACACUGCCGAUUUGAUCAAGUUGGAAGUUCAAGUAUAUGCAUGCUUUUGUUUGAAGAUAUUACUAGUAUCUUUCUUUCAGAAUCUUUCCGUUUUCAUGAACCUUGGAAAAAAUAUUAAUUUCAAUGUUGAAAUUUUUAGAUGCAUAAGGUUUAUUCAUACAAAAAAAAAAAUAUAUGCAAUGUUUUUCUUUUGGACUGAUUAUAUAUGUGGAAUGUUGGUCCACUAAUCCUAGCUCGUUGAAAAAAAUCCUUAAAUUGUUAUAUUGUAUGCCGUGAUUAGAGUUAGAAUCCUGAUUCUAUCGUUUGUUUGAGUGAA